GCAAGCUCAGAUUUGGACUGGGCCAACACAUUCCGGAAGUGAGGCUAACUUCCAGACCUAAGGGGGGGACGUUCAGUGCCAGGAGGCUCGGCCCUUGAGCCCUCAGAUGGUUGAUGUGGGCGCAAAGGCCCAGACCCGGCGCACGGCACGAGCAGGCUGCACAGUCAUUGUUGGUAAAGAGGUGGCUGCCGCACUGGCUGCGGGCACUGUGGCGAAGGGAGAUGUGUUCACCGUGAGUGAGGUGGCGGGCAUCAUGGCGGCCAAGCGCACCCCGGACCUGCUCCCGUUGUGCCACCCGCUGCUCCUGAGCCGCACUUCCGUGAAGUGCCACCUGGAUGAAGUGAAGGCCUCGGUGCGUGUGGAGGCGGAGGUGUCCUGCGAGGGCCAGACCGGCGUAGAAAUGGAAAGCAUGGCUGCAGCAUCCACUGCUGCUCUCUGCAUCUACGACAUGUGCAAGCCCAUCAGCAAAGGCAUAGUUAUCACUGACCUGCGGCUCUUGAGCAAGUCUGGCGGCAAGAGCGGGGACUACGUGUCCCCGGAGUGAGAGCCCGGGAGAG